AUGGCUACAUCUAUGCGUUCAUACGGGGUGAUAGAGGCAGAUUCUCGGUGCUUGUUCAUGAUCAACGCACAACCAGGUGAGCGUCUGCAUCUCGAUCAACUAAUCGGCAUUAACAUCUCUCCAAUUCAAGCACUAAUGAUCCAAGAGGGUGAUGAAGACUUGUGGUGCUUGUUGACUGAUGAUGGACCUGUUUAUUCAACUUUCUGGAUGGAAGUGACAACGAAUCGUGGAUCCAUUGCCAGUGGUAGAUUCGUGGAUGGAUCACAAGAGUUCAAUGAUGAAGAGACUAUGGAGAUCGCAAAGAUUGUAGUUGAGUAUGACAAGUACUCGAGGUAUCUUAAAAGGAUUUCUGAACUUCCAGUCGCGAUUACAGGAAAGAAUAAAGAGGAUGGAUCAGAAGAAGGAGAAGGAGAGAUUUGUGCAGUUUGUCAAAGAAGAAUAUGA